AGAACGCAGCAUACCGAUUUAUCUAUCUAUGGCAUUGCGAUACUAGCUUAUCAUCAUUUAAAAUAUUAAAAUUAGUUUGUAUGCAUUUCAUGAGUAACCUGGUUAGUUCUUACAAGCAAAUAUAACGGACGCGUGCUAGAAAAAGGAAUAAAAAUAGAGAAAAUUACGCUUAAAUGGUGAUGGAUUCGGGAAAAGCACAAAAUCCCAACGAAGGCGAUCGUUAUGUAAUAGCUUUACAUACAAGUUUUGCUUUAUCUGCAUUCAGAAGCUACACAAAAUGGACAAUACGAAAUGAAGUUACAUCCGCGGGAAAAUUUGAUGAUCUCGUAUUUGAAUCAGAUGAAAAGUGUAUAUUGUUACAAGCAAAAGUUCACAAGGGUGAGACGUACACUAGAAACUUUAUGACAGAAAGACCCGAAACAAAAAACAGUAAAUUCAGUAUCGCAAAGUAUUUUCUGUCUUAUUUAACUUCUAAGGAAUUUUUUAAAAUAACAACUAACUCCUUAAUACUAUGUACUGAUACUACGUUGAAAGUUGCUGAUAUUAUGGAUGAAUUACCUGCUGAUGAAAAUUUGCAACAAAUAUUUGGUCCCCAGACAAAAAAAUUUAAAAUUAAAAAUGAAAAAGGAAUGAUUGACGAUGAAGCUGGGCUUUUAAACAAGAUUAAACAAUUUCAGAAGAACAUCAGUGAACAAGAAACUGACAGUAACAAAAAAGAAUGGAAGACUUUGGAUUUCAAUAGAGAAGACAUAAAGUCAUUUAUAGAUUAUUUUAUUGUUGUUAAUGUUAAUCUAACGGAUAUAGAAUCGUUAAUUAAAAGAAAAUUAAGUGAGCUAAGUGAUUAUCUGAAGUUUAAUCCUUCAUAUUACGAAUAUGUAAAUCAUCAUGUAGAAGAGUGGUCUCAUUUACCAAUUGACAACUUUGUGCCCAUGACAGAAGACUAUCUAAUGUUUAUUAUGUAUGGUGAAAACAAUCGACUUUUUCUUCAUAAGUUUGUUAAGACUAAAAUUUUUUUCAAAGAAGAAAAUUUAUUUCAGUUUGAUUCAAAUAUUAUUUGUGUUCAACCGCACGAUAACAUCGCUAUGGAUUUAUUAAAAAUUUUCCGAAGCAUUCAAAACGCAGAAAGACCAGAUCUACUUCUAGAAGAAAACACAUUAUGUUUGAUGCAAAAAAUUAAAAAUACAUUUUAUGAAAUGAAAUAUACAAUGGAAUAUAAAGUUAUAUGUGAUAUGAUAAACACAUUUAGAUGUGAAAAAAUUAAAUACUUAGUUGUUUCGUUUUUAGCACUUGAUGAAGAUCAAGUAUUAGAAUUAUAUAACAACAUAUUAAUGAUUACUAAGGAAGAUCCAAAUAAAAAAGUAUUUAUAAUCAUUAAAGAAAAUUAUUUUCAAGAGAGUGAAACAAUAAAUAAAAUAGUUAAUGAUAAAAUAUACUUCCAUUCGCUAGAAACUAACACACAAAAAUACAUAUUGAACAAAAAAGUAAUCUUGUUUCAAGAAGAAUUGAUAACAUUAAUGGAUUUAAUUAACAACACCGAAAAUAUUAACUCCGAACUUAAUGAAAUUGAGAUUGAUGAAUGUCUUACAAAAAUAAUAUUUGCCAAAGAAGACGACGAAGAAUAUUACUCGAUAAGUUGUAAUUUACAACCCCAAUCAGAACGUGAGGAAUUCUAUGUUAAAAGAAGCCUAAUAGCUAACUCGGAAGUAUUUCCGGAAAAAAUGUUUUUCGAAAAAAUAGACAAAAAUAUAGUUGUGAUUACAGGUCCACCUGGUGCAGGGAAAACAACUUCACUGAAACAAAUAACAUCACUAAAAAAAGAAAAGGACAAAAUAGAUUCCAAAUUGACAUGGAUAAUUAAUGUAGAUUUUAAAAAGUCGAAACAAUUUUUCCAGAAGAAUAUCGAGAAAACCCUAUAUAAUCUAUUGUGUCACAAUGAAGAUAUAACUCCUGAUAGCUCCUAUUUGAAAGGAAAACUUAUCAAGUCUAUGGAUAAAAUUGUAAUUAUAGACGGUCUUGACGAGAACUGUUCGAACAAUAAAAAAAUACAAAAUAUAUUAGCAGAUCAUAAUUCCCUUCAGGCUUUGAAUAUUUCUUUGGUUAUUAUGGGGGCCAGAUAUUACGAUUUUAUCUUAAAGGAUUUAAUAGAUUUACAUGGAUGUGAGUUAGUUAAAAUAUCUCCAUUUUCACCUUGUGAUCAGUCUUUUUUUCUCAAACAAUAUCUAAAACGAUUAAUACCAUCUGCAAAUAUUGAAAAUGAUUUAUUUGAAGACGUAACAAAUUUUGUUCCAGCAUUUAAAGAUAUCUGUUCAACGCCAUUAUCGCUAAAAAUGGUGGCUAAGAUAAUAAAAAAUAAAAUAUCUAAAGGUGACUCUAUCGGAUCCUUGUCAAAAGUUUUUAAUAAUAUUAUAAACAUAUAUGAUUUUUAUAAUUGCUAUUUACAAGUGAUCAGAGACGAAUUUGCACAAGAUGACGAUAGACUCCUUGGAACGUUUGACGGGUACUAUAUAGAAUCGUUAAAAGAAUUUUCGGCGAAGAAUUUGUUUUCUGAUUUUCCGAAACUUUUAGAUUUGCUUAAUGUUGAUGCUAGUUUCGAGAUUAGUAAACAUGCUUUAAAUGUUGGGUUAUUAAAGACAUCAGCUGACGGGUAUGCAUUUGUUCAUAACACUUUUGAGGAAUAUUUUGGAGCAAAAUUGCUAUGGGAUCGCCUUUAUAAAAAGAGGCAAAGUCAUAAUUUAUUGCUAGAAGUUCUUAAUAUAGUAUUUUUAAACGUUCAAUAUGAGGGUGUUUCGAAUUUUUUUAAAAAUAGUUUGGAAAUGAAUCAAAAUGAAAAAAUAUCUGAAUUGUCUAUAAAAUACAAUUCGGCACUUACUGAGGUAAAUUGGAAAAGAGAUAUAUCAUUUUUAUGUAUUCGAGGAUGCUUUUUUACUGUUAAAUUACUUUUUGAUAAUUAUACUAAUUUUUGCGAUAUUCUAAAAAUUGAAGGUAUGUCUGGAGAAACAGCGUUACAUUAUUCGUGUCCUUACCCAUCUUUAAUCAAAUACAUCGUAGAAAGGGGGGCAGAGGUUAAUAAAGCAGAUGAAAACGGUUUUACCGUUUUAAAUUACAUGUUUAUAAUGUUAUGGGGUUCUACUGAAUAUAGACAUUAUUUUAGAAGUUUAUUAGAUGUAUUCAAAAAUUUUAAAAGACCCAAAACCUUUGUAUUUUUUAAAGAAUAUUAUAAAUUACUACGUCAAAAUCAAGAAAAAGAUCAUGUAAAUAACGAUAGACUGAAUAAAUUUCUUGAUUUGUUAAUAUAUUUAGAAAAAUAUCGGUUAAAUUUGAAUAUAAAGGACAUUAAUGGCGAUACGCCCGUUCACUGGGCUGCUCAAGCUGGCUUGAAAGUAAUUCUUGAGAAAUUUAUUAAUGAAUAUGGUUUAGAUCCCAAUCCUGUUAAUAAACAAAAACAAACACCUCUUCAUUACGCUUGUAGUUUUGGAAAUUAUGAUAUAGUCAUGUACUAUAAAGAAAUUAACAUGCUAAGUGAAAAUGAUAGCCUAAUUGUGUUAAAAGCUGCGGAAUCAAAAACUAUAAAAGUACUAAAAUUUUUGAUUGAAGAAUGUGGCAUGGAUCCAACGGUUCGAGAUUCUACAAAAAAAUCUGCUUUCCAUUAUGCUGCUUUUCAAGAUUCCUUGGAGGCAAUCAGAUAUCUUCGAAGUAAAAACUUAGAGUUUAAUACGGUUGACAAAUAUCACUGUACAAGCAUGGUAGCAGCAGCUGCUGAAGGAAAUGCUGUAUGUGUAUUAAAAUAUUUGGUAGAUGAUUGCUGUAUGCUUAGAUAUAUAGACACAAAUCAUGUUUUCCUCUGCACACUUCGUCAUGACUCACUGAAAGCCUUCAAAUUUUUAGUAAAUAAGGGGUUGGAAAUGCCUAGUCCUCAAAGUUUUUUAGAAAAGCUUUUCGAAUAUGACGCAGUUGAGAUUUUUAGAGAAACAUAUUCAAAAGAUAAAUUACAAAGUGAAAUUGUUAAGUUUCUUUUUAGAGCAGCGCUUUUAAAUUCAUACAAAAUAUUUGUGUAUUUAAAAUAUUAUACAAACGAUAUAAAAUCUCUAAGAAAUGAACAAGGCCAAUUGCUUAUCCAUGAAGCGGCUAGCAAAAAUGCGGUGCAUGUUCUUAAGUUUUUAAUCAGAGAAUGCGCAGUAGAUUUAAACUUAUGUGAUGAAUAUGGAAAUACACCUAGUCACUAUGCAGCUGCUAGUAAUGCACUCGAAGGUAUAAAGAAUCUUAAAGAGCUAGGGGCAAAACUAAAUCUGUUCAACGUGAAUAAAUAUACACUUGGUCAUAUAGCUGCUAAUUCGGGCGCAUUAGAGGUUUUACGGUACUUAGUAGAAGAUUGUCCAAUGGACUCGUGGAACGUUCCUGAUGAUAAUGGGAAUUUACCGGCUCAUAUGGCAGCUUGUAGUAAUGAAGUUAAGAUUUUAAAGUAUCUUAAAUCAGUUGGAAUUGAUUUAGCUCAAUGUAAUAAUAACGGGGAGACUUUAGCUCACAGAGCAGCUGCAGGUGAUGCAGUUGAUGUUUUAAGUUUUCUUAAAAAUGAAUGUAAGUUUUCUUUAAAUUCAUUAAAUAAUAAUGGAUCUUCGCCACUCGACUAUGCAAAUCAAUAUAAUGCACUAAAAGCAAAACAGUUCUUAGAAUAUAAAAUGACUUAAAAAGAAUAUAAUAGAAUGAAAGGCACUUAUGUAAUAAAAUUAUUUCUGUCCUUGUUUUAAAAAAUUUAAAAAAUCGCUGAGACCCGCCGAUUUUUAAAAAUUAUAUAAAUGUGCGCGUUUUAAACAUAAAUAAGAAUGUUCAGGGUCAUUCACGCCAGCCUAGCAUAGUUUAUAAGGUUUAUUUUUAAUGGAGCACCCUAUAUAUUUUUAUAUUUUUAAAAGCUCCCUAACAACUUGAUUUCAACGAACUAUAUAAUAACGUGAUGUAUGUUAUAUUAAGAGAAAACAGUAGCGAUCAACAGCUAGCGAAAACGCGUUCCAAGAUUGCGGCUGUAAUUUUGAAUAUUUUAUCGAGAUAUUUGGCACACGUAUUCGUAA